AUGAGAUCUGAUCUUUCAUGGGAUAAUGAAAUAUUAGCAAAACCAGGAACAAACUGCUUCGAAAAUUUGGUUAUAACUUGUGGACAACGUUUCACACCACAUAUAUGGGAAAGAACAUGUGCUUGUAUAUUAGAAAUAUUUCGUUCAACAUUACCAGAAACUCUCAUGACAUGGCGACAUGAUGCAAAAUCUAGCGGUACAGCUGCAACCAAUGACGUGUCUUUAUCCGAUCGUACUGAUCGUUCAUUUGAUUAUUCAAUUGUUGGAUCAGCAUCAAGUCAACAUAAUCGCAUGGUACAAGCUGGUAAUACCGCUAAUUUAAAUAGUAGUAUAUCGGAUCAACAAGGAUUAAAUAUAAGUAAUCGAUUAUCGUCGCCUACGAAUAGUAUUGAACGAUCAAAAACUCAAUCUGAUUUUCAUAUUUUUCAAAUAUUAACAAUAAAAUGUAUCAUACAAUUAGAACUCAUACAAACCAUAGAUGAUAUUGUCUUUUUUCCAUCAGCACUCAAUGUUUCAUCCGAUCAACAGGUCUUAACAUAUUUUGCAAAUUUUGAUGACUUUCGUGAUGAUCACGGCAUCUACAAUAAUAUGGGUCUUGAUCAAUUACUGCUUCUUGUUGAUUGUGUCAUUGAAUCACAUAUGUUUGCUCGUGCUUUUAAUUCCAAUCACGCACAACGAAAUCUUCUACGGAACGCUGGAUAUCGAGGAAAAGCUAAGCCAAAUUUAUUAACACAAGUAACUCAUAGUAUUGCAUGUGCAUUUCGUAUUAUUUUCCGAAUGUUUUGUGAUCCGAAAAGAAGUGAUUCAAUGGAUACAUUUAAAAGAAGAAUACUCAAGUUUCGUAUUUCGCCUACGAAACCUUUUUCUGCUCUAUGGAACUUAAAAAAAGGUUUCGUAGCAGAAGGUUCUUAUUCUGGACACACGUUCAAAUAUUUUUUAGGUGAUAUGUAUUUAAUUGUAGCUGAAACAGUAGUAUUCGAUUUAAAACCCGAACUACGUUAUACAUUACGAGAAUUUUUACUUUGCGUUGGCCGUGUAUUUAAUAUGACCAGCGAAUUAACUGGCUCGAACUAA